CUUCAGCUCGUCCAGCCACCUGGACGAGGCGGUCUGGAGCCGACCGAGUCGUCAGUCUCGGUUUCCACGUCUGGCCAGUCUGGAUGGUUCUGCCGAUCCAUUGGGCUCAAAGAGGUGGUUCUUACAACUGCCCCCGGCACAAGCACGCGAACAACCUGUCACUCAGAGCCUUAGGUGCCGUUGUGUCCGUUGCUCCAGACGACAGAUCUGCACCACAUUGGCCCUGGCUCCUCAGGACUCGAGCCAAGUGCAUGUUUAUCAAGACUACUCAAGCAUUGCGUUGGCUUGUCCUCGUUUUUCCAAUUUGGUCCUGCUGUCAGGUCGACCAUUCUGCCCGAGUAAACAUGUUACGCCCCAGCGCCAAACUGUUGCGUUGGUACAUUCCCAUAAGUUGUGCAGGUCUUCUCGUCGACAUCGUGGCGAGAGCCGCUAG